CGGAAUAGAUUAAGUAGUAUCGCGUCGACUCGACGACACUACGAAAUUGAAAAAUAUAAUUUUUUUUAACAAUAACUUAAUAAUAUGCAUAUUAUAUUAUUGUUAUUAUAAUCUAAAUCGUUCUACUGUGGUGACUGGUGAUUACGAAUUAAUAUCAAAUUCUUAAAUCCGCGGUGCCGCUUAUUUUGUUUUCACCAAUUAUAUUAUUAUGUUUAUUAAUUAUUAUCUACGUAAUGUAAAUAUUACUCGUUGUGAUAGUUGUUAUUACUUAUUAUUCUUAUUAUUAUUACAAUAAUCACGUUGUCCACCGAACACUUUCUUGGUAGGUACUUGAGUCUAGUGUUGUACUGUAGGUUGAAGUCCACCACGUAGGACGUUUUGUUUUUGUUAACGACACUGGUAAGUGAUAAACAAAAAUGCUGUCAUUAAUAGAUCCUCGUUUUGAAUGCUCUAUCUGCCUUAACUGUCUAAAAGAUCCAAUGCUGACAAAAUGUGGACAUCGAUUUUGUUCUGAGUGUAUAAAUACAUGGCUUAAGCGGAAAAGUCAAAUUUGUCCAAUUGAUUUAUCACCCUUGACUAUAGAAGGUUUAUUUCCCGACAACUAUACAAAACGAGAAAUAGAUGAGCAAAAAGUAGCUUGUUUAAAUACUGGUUGUGAUGUAACAAUACCUUUGUUAGAAGCUGAUCAACAUUAUGCCUCAUGUGGAUUUAAUAAAAACCAAAUGAAUGGACUUGCUGAUAAUCUAUGCCCAUUUCAUUUAAUUGGAUGUAAGGAUACCAUAAAAGAUAAAAAUGAAUUAUCAAACCACCUUGUUAUGAGUGUGCAUCGACACGUUACUCUACUUACAAAAUCUCAUAUUGAUUUCAUGAACAAAUUUCAAAUUAGAGAUGGUGCUCGUUCUAAAGCUUUAGAAGCUACACAACUCUGGGAUGCGAACAAAGACCCUAAUUCUGAAAAAGCUUUACUUUGUAAUUUAUAUGAAAGAAUAGUUGUAUUGGAACAAAGUAAUAUUGAAAAAGAUAAAGAUAUAGAGCGUCUGAAUCAAAAAAAUGCCAUCAAGGAUAAAGAUAUUGAACAACUUAGUCAAAUGGUUAAUAAUUUAAUCGUUGAGUUUGGACAAUCUCAAAAUGCAAUAUCAUUAAUUAUAUGCAAUGGUGUGUAUAUAUGGAGAUUUGAAAAUUUUAUGGAGUCUUUAAAAUCAAUGAGAGAAAAACCAUUACAAACACGAUUCUACACUCCAGGAUUCUAUACAUCUUCUGCUGGAUACAAAGUAUGUGGUCGAAUAAAUAUGUCAACAGACAAUCGUAACCUUUCUCUAUUUAUUCACAUGAUGCGUGGUGAUUAUGAUGAUACUUUAAUUUGGCCAUUUUCUGGUCAUAUUACAUUAACUUUAAUCCAUCCAACAAAUUCAACGCAGAACAUUUGUUUGAAAAUGCAAUCAUCAGCUGAAUCUGAAGCAUUUAGAAGGUGUUCUUUCGGAAAUAUUGGUAAUGAAGUUCCUUCUUUAAAUCCAAGAGCUUUUGGCUACAGUGAAUUUGUUGCCAUUGAUGAAGUUCUUCAAAAUGGGUUUAUUAAAAAUGACUCAAUUGUGAUUAAAAUAAUCGUAGAAUGUAUUUAACUUCUGAUCUCUAAAGUAAAAUAAUGUUGAACCUGGC